CACCGAAAUUUCCAUGUUCAUCAAUGACAACUUUAUUGUUAGCUAGUAAGACAGGUGGAGCAGGUGACGAGGUGUCAGGUUUCAGUGUUGACUGGUGGCUCUGUAGAGUCAAAAGCACGUUACAACUGUUAAAUACUCAGCAAUCAAGUAACGUACCGCCAUGGCACGUAAAUAUGACGGCGUGUCUCACUGUAGGCUGGCCCUGGCAUUUGCUGUGCUGAUGGACCUGUUGGGUGUGAUAUCCCUGCUGCUGGGGGUCUUUGCUCAACUAGAGAUCAAAGGGAGAGACUUUGGGGAUCUGCUGGUGUACACAGGAGUCCUGCUGGUGCUACUGUCCAUGGCAGGCUGGGUCAUGUGGUACAGUGGCAAUAUUGAGGGUCUGACCUCCAAAAAGGAGUUGAGGGGGGCUAUGGGUGGAGCUGUGGACCGCCUUGCCAGCUCCCUUAGCCGCAGGAUACGGAUCCCCAGGACAGACGGCAGCCCAACAUAGUUGUGUGGACUCCACAGAUACCAACGAGUAACUUAGACUGACAUGAAGGGCUGUCCUUAUCCAGGAAACAGCCAAACUGCCUGAGGCAAAGGAGUGUUGGUUGUCAUUCUCUUCAUAAACACUUCUCUUGUGGAUUUCACAAACACCUCUUUCACACGAACAAACUGCCAGUAUCAAUCGUGUUUUCAUAAGAACAAAGAAUUUCCUCUCUGCUUAAGAGGUUAUAUGUGGACUACACCCAGGAUUGUAAUUUAAGACACUUCUAUAGAUUACAAUAUAUGAAUAUUAAAAAUAUAAAUCUGCAGUAUUA